AUGACGGCCGAUCCUCUAAAGGUCAAAUGCGAUUGCGUUUUCUUGGACGGGAAGCAGCUUGACAUCGAGAAAUGGGCCUUGCCCUUCGAAGAGGUUGCUUGUCGGUUUGAGCGGCCAGAUCUGAAGGUUAUUUCGCUGCAAAAGACAUGCAACUGUGCUACACAAGGCGCCUUCAAUGCGUUGAAGGGUGCAGUGCCACACGCGGCAGUCCUCGGCGUCGUGUCUUCGUUGUGUGAUCCCCGCGGGGCAGCCAGUGAAAUGAAGUGGUGGUGGGUUCUGUGGGAUGUCAAGGAGACCAACUUGUUCCUCUCUUUCCGCGGAGAAGAGUUGUGGAGCUGCCUCAGGAAGAAAGGAAUCAAGCGGGGAGACCUCGUGGCGUUGCUCAACCCUUCCCUGCUGCCUAAGUCAAAUGGAGCAGACUCGCGAGCGGCCACUGUCGAGGAUGAAGAUCAAAUCCUGCUGAUUGGAAGCGUUAAGGGCAUCGUGCGUUGUGGAGCCAUGACUCGAAAGCAAGCGCAAUGCCGUCAAAUGGUGCAUGUUCCGAGCAUGGGGGAGUACUGUCGAUUCCACGUGAACGUGAAGAACCAAAGAUCCACAGGUCUUCGUGCCUCGCUUGUUGAGGAAUCUAUUGACGAGCUUUUAUGCGGCUCCAACAAGGAAAAGCGCGCUGAAAUACUCCGAAAAAUCGCUCCUUCUGCUGGUGCCCACGCUGACGCCGCAGCCGAUCCUCGGAGUGCUGAUCUCGCUGCUACUAGUCUUGCUCCCUUGCAAGUGGACACUGCACAGCAGAAACAGAUCAAGCAGCAAGCCAUGAACAAGCUCCUUCAACAAAAUCUUCUUCUGCAGCAGAGCUCCAGCAAAUCCGCACCGCCAGCGAACAGUUGCGAUGACCAAGGCAGCGCUGAAAAGCCCAGUAAAAUCGCAGCUGCUGCUACCAAACCUAUUCGCAGCACGAUCACCAGCACAGCGAGAGGCGAACCUCCGGAAAGCAGCAAGCCUUCUUGGAACAUCGCCAACUUGGGCAACGCAGCAGAUAGGGAGCAUCAGGCCGUCGAGGCAUUUGUGAAGAAACUCCAGGAGAUAGUGGCUCUCCCGGCAAGCAGCAACAGAGAUAUGGCCCUGGCCAUACAGCUGUCUCUAGCGAAGCGCAUGCGCUUCGACUGUGUCCCCCGUUUGGCUGAGACCGCCAAAGAACUCCACACGCAGCUAUUUCUACAUCCGAAUUCCGAUUUGGCUCUACUGGCAUUCAAGAACUAUCGGUACAUUCAUUGUAUCGCCACGAUCACGCCACGACCUCAGAGAGUCCAUGAGCAGACGCAGGUUCAGUCAUCCACCAAAGUGAAAACAGCAGCUGUAGACUCCGUGGCAGUGGCCUCAAGACGCCACAGCGGCACAGCUGCAGCAAAUGAGCAGUGCCAGCAGCUUCCGCCUCCACCGCCGCUAGAGUCCGCAACAGAUGUACGACGAGCCCUCCGAAGCUUGCAGCAGAAGCAGAAACUAGUGUCUUCGACCGUCAGUACCUUAAAGCAAACAAAGAAGGCAGGAGACGUUCUCCAGAAUGUAGUGGCGGCGCAGCAAAAGCGCCUUUUGAAGGAACAGCAGCGGAGUGAACGGGCAUCAAAGGCACUACGUACAGCAGCAACAGUGCCUCCUCCUGCUGCUGCUGGGAAGCCAGCGCUUACGGAAGAAGAAAAGAAACAGCUUCUAGAAAAGAUUCUCCAGCUCAAAUCCUCCGUCGCUGAUAUUGUCGAUCAAGAGGAUGGUCAGAGACACCUUGAGCGCCUCCGUUCUCUGGAGGCCGCGGACAUCAGCCAUGAAUUCAAGCAAUCAAUAAAAGAGACGACUGUCAAUGCUUUCUUUUGCUUACAGUGCAAGAAGUAUACAGACCGCCUAAACACUGCGUGUGUUGCCCGUAACCACCAGCAACAGCCACGCAGAGCAACAAAGCGGUUUGUACAGUGCGAGAACUGUGGCCACAAACCCAUUCCCACACUGAACAACCAGCUGCCAGACGGAUGCCCAAAAUGCAGAGUUGCCUCGAAGGACAUCAGUUUUCGGCUGAUUCCGUUGUAUACUGCGAAGCCAGAGAAGCUUCUGGAGCAAGAAAAGCUAACUAUCGACGGCACGGAUGUAGGUCCUUAUAAAAAGCAGCAGGAAAGGCCACCGCAGUGCAGAGAUGAAAAUUCAGCAGAGGGAUUCUUCGAUCAUCAUGACCUUCCAGACACUUCCUAA